GGCAGGCGGGCCGGGGGAGGCAAGAUGGCGGUGCAGGCGGUGCACCUGGAGGCGGACGCGUUCCUGGUGUGCCUGAACCACGCGCUGAGCACCGAGAAGGAGGAGGUGAUGGGGCUCUGCAUCGGAGAGGUGGACACCAACAGAAUCGUCCACAUCCACUCUGUGAUCAUCCUGCGGCGCUCUGACAAGAGGAAGGACCGUGUGGAGAUCUCACCGGAGCAGCUCUCAGCUGCUUCCACUGAAGCAGAGAGGCUGGCAGAGAUGACAGGACGGCCCAUGAGGGUGGUGGGCUGGUACCACUCCCACCCCCACAUCACCGUGUGGCCCUCACACGUGGAUGUCCGCACACAGGCCAUGUAUCAGAUGAUGGACCAAGGCUUUGUGGGACUCAUCUUUUCCUGCUUCAUUGAGGACAAGAACACCAAGACAGGUAGAAUUCUCUACACCUGUUUCCAGUCUGUUCAGGCCCAGAAGAGCUCAGAAUAUGACAGGAUUGAAAUUCCCAUUCAUGUUGUGCCCCAUGAAACCAUUGGGAAGGUGUGUCUGGAGUCAGCUGUGGAGCUGCCCAAGAUCCUUUGCCAAGAAGAGCAGGAUGCCUACAGGAGAAUUCACAGCCUCACCCAUCUCGACUCUGUAACCAAGAUCCAUAAUGGCUCAGUGUUCACAAAGAACCUGUGCAGCCAAAUGUCUGCCAUCAGCGGGCCCCUGCUGCAGUGGCUGGAGGACAGGCUGGAGCAGAACAAACAGCGCGUGCAGGAGCUGCAGCAGGAGAAGGAGCAGCUGCUGGAGGAACUCGCUGCUUUGGAGUGAGGAGGAAGUGCAGACCCUUCAGGAAAGUGAUGUGAUAAAAUCUUCAACAACUACUCCAGGCUGAAGGGUGGCCCUGCAUUGCCUCAGUGGAGGUACUGGCUGUGCCUCUCCUCUUGCAGCAAAGAGCACAGCUCCAGGAUCAGGACUUUACCUGCCCCAGCCUGGUGCAAAGCAGUGCUCUGUCUGCAGUUGCUGCACUUCUGGCUCAGUGGUGGGGCUGGGCAGCACCUGAGUGCUCCUGUUCUGGAGAGCACACACCUAGGGAACCUGUUGUUUCUCCCUCUGUGUUUUGACAGAAGUCCUAUUGCUUUACAUGUAUUCCAGGAGCCUGGAACAGGAGGGUUAGAGGGGAAAAGUGUCUCUGCUGUCAUAUAUGAUGCUGCCAACUUCUGCCUUCUCUUAGUAGCUUCAGUUGACCAUGAUCUUAUAUCUGAUAAUGUUCUGGAUCACUGGUCAUUCAUCCAGGCAGGUAAGAGGUGGGAAGGAAGCUUGGGAACAGACCUGGAAGAUCUUUGACAUAGGAUCUGUGUUGAGCAUAUGUCAAACCAAAUAAACAAUUCCAAAGCUAGAGCUGUUGGGAGUAAAAAUG